AACAAAUCACUCCAAUCCCCACAUCGGCAGCACAUCCCCCUUCGCUCCCCUCCUCGUCGCCCUCCUCUGCCCUCCCCUCCCCUCCUUCCGGAACCUUCUAGAUGCUUCUCACGCGAAGGUUCUCCUCCGCCCUCGCGCGCUCCCCCCUUCUCCCCAGGUCCCUCCCUCCUCCGCGGGCCGUGCCCGCCACCCCUCCGGCGCCCCGCCCGCCGCCGCGCCGCCUCAUGUCCUCCUCCUCCUCCGGCUGGCACCACUCCUCUCGCCCGCCCCCGCCGCCCCCCUCCGGCGCCGACAAGGAUCAGCUGUUCCGGGGGCUGGAGGCGGCGCUCGGCACGACGUUCAGCUCGGAGCCGCUCGCGCCGCCGCCGCAGCCGAUGAUCCUCGUCAUCAGCGGGCCCAGCGGCGUCGGCAAGGACGCUGUCAUCCAGAGGCUGCAAGAAGAGAGGGAGGGGAUGCAUUUCGUUGUCACCGCGACAAGCAGAGCGAAGCGGCCCGGUGAAGUUGAUGGGAAGGACUAUUACUUCGUCACCAAGGAGGAGUUCCUCACGAUGAUUGAAAGGAAGGAGUUGCUCGAGUACGCACUUGUCUAUGGGGAGUAUAAGGGGAUCCCCAAGCAGCAGAUCCGUGAUUACAUGGCGAAAGGUUAUGAUAUUGUCUUGAGAGUGGACAUUCAAGGAGCAGCAACCUUGAGAGAGAUUCUUGGCGAAUCAGCAAUUUUCAUCUUUUUGGUUGCAGAGAGUGAAGAGGCACUUGUCAAAAGGCUAAUUCACCGCAAAACAGAAACAUCAGAUAUGCUUCUUGUCAGAGUUGCAACGGCCAGAGAAGAGGUGAAACGCAUGAACAAUUUUGAUUAUGUAGUUGUCAAUUCUGAAGGGAAUCUUGAGGGGGCUGUUAAACAGGUGGAGUCUAUCAUUGAUGCUGAGAAGGCUAAGGUCCACAAACGUACGGUUAAUAUCUAGUCAAUGCUCAUAAGUCACAUGCUCUUUUAACGGUUUGGAGGAAAAUUACCUGGUAUUUUUAAUCAAUUCAAGUUUGAACUAUUGUGGAGGAAAUCGCCAAUGACAAUCUGACCUGACUCUUACAAAAAAGGCCAAUUUGACUUACAUUAAAUUUGUAGCUGUAAGUCAGAAAGUGAAGUGCAUGGCAAGUCAUUGGAGUUAAAUACUGAAUAUCCUGAUUCAAGUGGCUUAUAACAGCAAUGUACUUGUGCAACUCUUUCUGGGUAGAAGUAGGUACUUUUUAUUAUUUAUAUAUUAUCUGUAUUUUAUUUGUUUGUUCGAAUAUUACAAACUACUAAUAACUGCUUGGGAUGAAUCCUUAUGCUACGGAUAUUUCCUUUUCCAUAUUUGAUACUA